AUGGGGCUGCGGCGAGGCGGGGUGGCGACGGGGCGGGGAGGGGGCGGCGACGGGCAGCGCUCCUCGGGGGCGAUCGACCCGCGGCUGCGGCGGGGAGGCUCGGGAGGGGGUGGGAAGGCAGUAAGGUGGUGGCGACGGGGCGGGGAGGGGACGGCGACGGCGCGGGGAGGGGGCGGCGACGGGGCAGGGAGGUGGCAGCAACGGUGCGGGGAGGGUGCGGCGGCGGGGCCAGGAGGGGGCGGGGAGGCGGCGGCGACGGCGCGAGGAGGGUGCGGUGGCGACGGCACGGGGUGGCAGAAGGAGGAAAGAGGAGAGGAGACAGAGAGACAGGGCGACGGCGGGGACGCGGCCCCGUUAAGUCAAUUUUGA